AUGGCCAUCAUCGGCAUCGCCCAGGCGUCAGUCGUGGACGCGAGAGGAGCCGUAUUUGUUCGACAGCAAAGUUCAUCGGUGGGAACGGGCAACACGGUACCUACGAGUGUGGUAGAGACUCCUGAGAGUAGUCCAACGACAUCUCCAUCAUCCACGCCGACUCAAGCGCCGUCACCCUCAACGACACCUCCCACGACAUCGCCGACGCCUACUCCUACGACGACACCAAAUACACCCACACCCACCCCAAACACACCAACUCCAGUUGCUACUCCCACGACGAAUACCACACCAACAACCACGCCGACAACCCCAGCAACCUCUCCCACAACCUCAUCGAAAACCUCAACUAAAACCUCCACCUCGACCUCCUCCUCCGUAUCUCUAAUCAAUACCUCCACCAUCACCCCCACCGUCGUCGUCGUCACCUCCCUCCAAACCGUCAGCGGCAGCACCAUAACACAAACCUCCUCUUCAACCGACACCGCCGCCUUUGCAUCCGCCACCAGCGCAGCAGCAGCCGCCAACUCGGCCGCAGCCACGACCAACAACACGAGCAACAAAGACAAAGGGAUGUCGACCGGCACGCGCAACACCAUUAUCGGCGUCGUUGUCGGGAUCGGUGGUGCCGCUAUCCUAGCCGGUCUGUUCAUCGUCGCCUGGAGGAUUUGGGGACGCAAGAAGAACACGCCUGAUGAGUCGGACGACCUGAUGGGUACGGGCUUCGGGAGCGCGCCGGGCGAGAAACCAAGCUCGUCUGGGUCGCCGGCUGCCGCGAAUCCGUUCCAGAGUACGCUGGAGACGUAUCAUAAUCCGGCGGCGAGGGGGAAUGUGAAUGCAAGUUCGAACUUUUGA